AUGGCCUCCACCACCAGCACCCCCAACGCCGCCCCGACGAUCAUCCCACCAUCGUUCCCGAUCGAGCUGCCGAAGUCCGCCACGUCCGCCGUCGGCACGCGCACUCUGAAAAUAGAGGGCUUCCCGGGCGGUUUUUUUCGGGACCGGCCGGCGUCCGUCAGGAGCUUCCUCGCCACAAACUUCGGAACCGUCAUCGAUAUCGAGGUCCAGGAGGAAGCUUUCGAACAACUAGACGUGCAGCCGUCCGUCGACUCCUACCUCACGGUCGACUCGUCGCUACAAAAAAGGCCGCCGCCGUCGCCGGUCCGCUCGCCGCCUCGAGACGAGCGGUCCGUCGACUCGCGGGGGUCGGCCGACGCCUUAAGCCUGUUCGAGCAUUCGACGUCGCGCGCGCCCUCGCGGGACGACGGCCUGCCCUCGAAAUUCGACUCGCCGCCCCGUCAGGCGUCGCGGGGCUCGCGCGGCGGCUCGCGGCGGCGCCGCUUCCGGCCGCGCGCCGCGCGGCCCCUGGCGCGCCUCUACGUGCGCUUUGAGAAGCAACGGAGUUUUGAAAGAGCCUUCGAGGCGCUCGCGGGCGGCGCGAUUCUCUUCCGCGACGUCAUGGUAGAUAUAGAAUGCGCCUACGACGCGUCGGGCUACUUCACGGAGCGCCGCAUCAUGGCGAGGCGCCUCGCGCACGAAAAGAGAGUGAGGCGGGCGACGCUCGACGCGCGGCGGGCCGCCGAGCGCCCCCGGACGCCGCCCAAGGCUGUAUGUAUGCAGCGUCAUUUAUUCACAUAGAGAGGAAAGCGCGGUGACGACAAUAAACGAGCGUAUGGCCGACGCGGUCAUGCGCGGAGGACGACCGAAAAAAGGCGAGUCGCGAGCGCUUCCCUCGGCUCUGACGAUGAGAGAUCAAUGUUUACCCCGCUCAUGUUCGAUGGACGCAGGUCGCGAAGCGCCACGACAUGGCGCUCUCGGCAUUACGAAGGACCCUGGACGACACGCACGACCAGGCCCGCGGCGCGGCGUCCCUCGACGGCGUGGAGGCCGCACGCCGUCGACGCUAUCGCUAUCCACGCAGGACGGCGACGUGCCCUCGGAGAGAAGAGCAAUACGCGCGCUCGAGGAGGCCGAGGCUUUAUGUAGGCGCAUGCGCCGCGCGAAGAGCGCCGACGACGGGGAGCGGGGCGCGUUGAUGCGCGCGACGCGGGCCUGCGAGCGCCUCGUGGAGAAGGUUGAGGCCGCGAAGCUGAGAACCGUCCGACUUAAGGAAAGGAGGCGCCAGUUCUCGUUACUGUUAGAUGUGCAAUCACAACUCGACGCAUUGGAAAACUGCGGCAAGUUCGCUCAGUUAGUACGAGAACAGGCACCGGAUCUGCGAGGCUGUACCGUACUAGUACCGACGGACGACGCGUUUUUAGGAGAUGACGAUGCGUUCGAGGAUGACUGCUGGGGCGUGCACGUCAUCGAUGGGCCCUGGAAGAUGGGGGAUAUGGCCGUUGCCGGCCGUGUUUUAGGACGCCAUGUGGAUACGAGACAUGGUAUUAGGACGCGGGUCCAGCCGGACGGGCGCUACGCCGUGUGGUUGGAUACGGAUCCCAGUCCGCCUAGGCGAGCUUUGGUAUUGGAGAUGGACAUUAGCUGUCAACAUGGGACGGUGCUCCAUGUAGUAGAUGGGAUAUUGUAUCCCGACUUUAAGAGGUAGUAUUUUUA